AUGAGUGUAUUAAAAUAUAUAAGAAAAAAUUUGUAUAUUCUCUUUUUCUUAUAUAUUUUGUAUAUAUAUUCAAGAUGCUUGUGUAAUAUUAGUCUUCAUCCAUCGCUAGCCGAUUUUUUUGUAGAAACAUUUCGAGAUAAUAUUUUUAUAUCGACAAAUAAUGUUAUAAAUAAAAAGUUAAUUAAUCUUGAAUGUUCUAGUGAUGAUUUAUUAGAAUGUCACCAUAUAAACAAGGAAGAAAAGCAUAAAACGAAUAAAACAAAUAUAAAUGUAAAUAUAAAUGUAAAUAUAAAUACAAAUGUAGAUACAAAUGUUGAUACAAAUGUAAAUACAAAUGCAAAUACCUAUAAAUAUAAUUAUUACGAUGAAAUAGACAUACAUAAUAAAGGAAGUGCAAAUAAAUUUCAUAUAAAAGAAAACCAUAAAAAAUAUGUUUAUAUGUAUGAUGAAUACCAAGAUAUUAAAUACAGUUAUUUACAUACAAACCCUUUUUAUAAAAUUACAAAAAAAGAUAUAGAAAACAAAAAAGAAAGUGAACAAUAUAUAUAUAAAAAAGAUAUAGAAAAUAAAAAAAAUGAAAAUAUAUUUUAUAAAAUAUUUUCAUCUUUUAUAAAUAUUAUAUUUCCUAUUUUUAAAAGAAAAGAAAAAAAUGAAAUUACAAAUAUUCAAAAUAAAUGGUAUUCACCUUAUAUUAUUGAUUAUAAAAAAACAAAUAUUUUAUAUAAUACAGAUAAUUCAUCUAAUAAUUAUUAUACUGAUAAAAAAAAAAAUAAAGUUAAAGGAUUAAGUUUAUCUGAGCAUAUAGGAAAUGUUAACGAUACAUCUGUAUUAUUACCUUUAUCACUUGCAAUAGAAGAAUUAAAAUUUAAUAAAAUAUUUAAACAUGUAUGGGAGGGAACAUAUAAAAAUACAGUUUUUUUAGAAAACACAGCACCAUUAUCUAGUCACCAUAAUGAGAAAAAAAAUAAUUUUAAUAGUAUAAAAAUUACUUAUAAUGACACUAUUAAAGAUGUCAAGGCUCUUCAAGAAGAGGAACAGGUGUUAUUAAAACGUGGAACGAACAAUAUGAAAGGAGAUAAAAGAGAAAUGAAAAAGGAAAAUAUAAAACAAUCAGAAAAUACAACUAUGACCAUAAACAAAGGAGAUGUCAUCAACACAAGAAGUGAUAACAACAAAAGAAAUGACAACAAUAAAAGAAAUGACAACAACAAAAGAAGUGACAACAACAAAAAAAGUGACAACAACAAAAAAAGUGACAACAAUAUAAAUAACAAUUAUCAUUUUAGUCAUUAUAAUAAUUAUAAUUAUCUUCAUGCUUCUGAUUCAUCACAGAAUCAUCAUAUUCAUCAGGGGUCGAAAAAAUUAAAACAUUUCUUAGACUACAAAAAAAACUCACUGCUUUUAAAAUAUAUUAAAAAAUCGAAUAGACAAAAUGAAUAUUUUAAUAUUUUAAAAGUACUAGAAAAUGAUGUACCUUUAGAGAGUGCUAGUAAUAUUUUAGAAUCCUUAGAUAUAAAAGAAGAAAAUAAUUUUGAAGAAAUAUUUAAAAAUAAUAAAAAUGUAAAUGUAGGUAUAUGUACUAGAGAUACAUUAAAAGAAAUGAGAAAACCGCUUUUUUUGUUUUCUCUUAUUUUUAAUAGAAUAAUAGAAAAAAAAAAAAAAAAACUUCAUUUAAUUUUAUUAAACAAGAAAUAUAAAACACAUGAUAAUUUAAAAAAUAAAUAUGGAUAUACUUCAAAGUAUACAUAUGGAUGUAUUUUUUUAAGGUCAAUAGAAAAUUCAGAAAUGGUUAUAUCUCUAAGAAAUAAUAAACAUAUGAAAUGUUCUUGUAAUAAUGAAUAUGAUAAUAAAAAUAAUAAUAUUUAUAUUGAUAAUUAUAAAAAGAAUGAUAAUAAUAUAAAAACUUUAUCUCAUAAUAAACAUAUAAAGGAAUAUUGUAACAGCGAUGAUGAUUAUAACUCGUGUAAUAAUAAAUAUUUAUAUAAUCCUUAUGAAAAGGAAAAUAAAUCAUGUUCUUGUUCUAAUAAUGAAGAUGAUAAGAAUGAUAUAAAGGUGACAGAUGAUGAAAUAUAUAAAGAAUGGAAAGAAAUGAACAAGACAUAUAAAAAAGGAAGAGACAAUAAUAUGAAGAUAUUCAUGUUCUCUACAAAUAUGUUAAAUAAAGUUAAUACAUAUAAAGAUUUUAAUUAUUAUAAAAAUAUUUAUAAAUUACAUGUAGAUUAUAACGGUGUAUGUAAUCAUAUAAUUUUUAAAUAUAAAUAUAAUAAAAGUAAAUUUCUAGAUUUCAUAUUUAAUACAAAUAUUUGUUAUAAUAAUAAUUAUAGAAAUGAUAAUAUACAUCUCAGUUAUUCUAACUGUAAUGCAAAAACAGAUAUUAUUUUGAGUGGUUCAUGGGUCUAUGGAAUGUCCAAGAAAAAUGACUUAUCUCAUAAUUUUUUGAAUAAAAAGAAAAAAGAAAAAAAAAAAAAAAAAAAAAGUACAAAUGAUAAUAAAAAGAAUGAUAUGUAUGUUAAAGGGAGAUCAUCUCCAUAUGAUAAUUCGUAUUUGAAUAAUGUGAAUGUAGAAAAUAUGAGUGGUGCCGAUGAUAUAAAUGAUAUAAACGAUAUAGAUGAUAUAAACGAUAUAGAUGAUAUAGAUGAUGAGGAUAAUAUAGACGAUGAUGAUAAUAUAAGUGAUGUCAAUCAUAUGAGUAAUAAUAUUCAUUAUAACGAUAAUAUUCUUAACGAUGAUGAUAUGAAUUACAAUUAUGAUAUUGACAGUGUGCACAACAACGAUGCUACUAAAAAUAAUAAUAAUAGUAAUAAUAAUAGUAAUAAUAAUAGUAAUAAUUUUAGUAAUAAUCAUCGACAUAAUAAUAAUAUUCUUUAUGAUGAUAAUAAGGAAUAUCCUAACAACGAUUAUAAAAAAUACUGGAGUAGUAAUUCUAUACCUAAUAAUUUUUAUUAUGAUAAGAAUAAUAAGAACUUAUCUGAUGGAAUAAAAGAUGAGAAAGGGAAUAUAUAUUGGAAUGAACAAGUAUUAAAUUAUAGAAUAUCAUCGUUACAUCGAUAUAAAAGGAUGAAGUUAUUAAAUUUUAAAAGUAAAAUAAAUGAAGAGAAAAAUGUAUAUUCCUAUUUAAUUAAUAAUACAAUAAAUAAUAGUGAUGAUAUAUUAUUAUUAUCUAAAAAAGGAAUUAUUGAAUUUAAAAAUCCUAUUGUAUUAAAUGAACUUUUGAUAGGUUUCUCUUCUAAUCCUAUAUAUGAAUAUAUAUGUAAAAAAAAAAAUAAUAAAUCUAUAAUAAGUUCAGAUAUUAAUAUAUUGAAUAAUAUGAAAGAUAAAAAAAAUGAUAAUUUUAAUUUAGAUGAAUAUAUGAAUAAAAUAUCUUGUGGAUAUAAUAAACCACAAUAUUUUUAUAUUUUUUUUCAUUUCUAUUUAAAUAAUACUAAAAAAUAUAAUAUUGUCUUAGAGAUACAUGUAGAUUAUUUUAAAAAAUUUAAAGAAUAUAAAGAUAUUCCUUUUCAAUAUGUUAAUGUAUUAAAUUAUUUAAGAGGAAAUAUACAUUAUUAUAGAAUUAAUAAGAUACACAUUGAAUAUUCUCUCUCACCAUUUAUAUAUAAAAAUGAAUAUUUUGAUCAUACAAUAAUGCCUUUCUAUAUCUCUAUAAAUAGUUUAAUAGUAAAUGAAAGUCGUAAGGUUUAUAAUUAUAUCCCUAUAUUUUUUACUUCAAAAAUUAACUUUCUACAAGUUAUUAAUAGAAAUAUGAAAAAUAUAAGAACUGCCUAUAAUAUGAAUGUACAAAAUAAUAAAAGGAGUCACAAAAAAAAUGUAUCUGAUGAAAAUGAUAUUAAUAUAAACACUACAGGUUCAAAUCAUGCUAACAAUCAAUAUUAUGAAAAAAAAAAAAAAAUGAUCAACAGUGAUAAUAAUACUAUUGCUAGUGAUAGUAGGAGAAGGGCAACAUCAACAACAGCAACCACAUCUUCAACAAAUGAAAUACUGGGAAGUAAUAAUAAUAUAAAUGAGGGGACAUCAGAAAAACAUUUGAAUACUAACAUGUUUAAUAAAGUAUUCAAAUAUUUUUUAUCAAAAGAAAAUGAAGACCAACACGAAGAAGAAGAAGAAGAGGAAGAAAGAAAAAAUAGCCAUUUAAAAUUAAAAAAGAAAGAAGAUUAUUCUUAUUAUAUAUGGAAUAAAAAUAAUAAAAGAAAAAAUAAAAAUAUGAAUCCAUCUUAUAUUAACUUUCAUUCCUUUUCUUUUUUUACAUCUAUAAGUGAAUCCAUUUUUUUAAAACAUGUGAUACAAUAUGUAUGUAUUACAGAUAAGUGUAUAUAUAAACACAAUGCAAAUAAUAAUACAUUGAAGAAUAAAGAGAAAAAAAUAAUAAAUAAUAAAUAUGUAAAUGAUAUAUCUUAUAACAAUGAUAUGUAUGAUAUAUAUAAUAAGAAGGAUUUAUAUAUUGAUAAUAUUAAUAAUAUGUUUUAUAAACCAUAUAAUACAAAUAUUGUAUAUAAGAAUGAUAUACUUCUUAUAAAACCAAUAUUUAAUAUAUCUAAUAAAAAGAAAAGUAUAAUAAAAGAAGAAAUAAAAGAAUUAAGUAGUAUAGAAAAAGAUUAUUUACAGUUUUUAAAAAAUAAUUUAUCUAAAUAUAUAAGAGAUAAUAAAAAUGAUAUUAUUGCAUAUAAUAUGAAUAAUGUAUAUAAUUUUGAAUAUAUAAAAAAUAUGUAUAUAAUUCCUCCAUAUAAUAAAGGAAUAUUAAUAAAUAUUGAAAAAGAACAUGAACAAAUAUAUUUAGAUAUAUAUAAUAAUCUAUCUUAUUUAAAAUAUGAAGGUAUAAAUGAAAAAUUAUAUUAUAAUACAAAAAAAGAAUUAGAUAUCAUAUAUAUUUAUGCAGCAUUCUUACCAUUAGAAAGUGAUUUAUUCCAUUUUAAUUAUUUAUCACAAAAUAAUUUAACCUUAAAUAAAAUUCACAAACAACAUUAUAAAAUUAUUUUUAAAAAUGUUAUACCAUUUACAAAAUAUGAUGAUUUCUAUAACAUACAACAAAUACAUCCACAAGAACUUAUAGAUAUAAAUUCUUUGAACCUAAAAAGUAAUUCCUUUCCAACAGAUCUAAUGAAUCUAAAUCUUGAUGAUAAUGUUUAUAAAACAAAAAUAUUGGAAUUCAUACAAAAUAAACUUAAAACAGCUUUACAAAUGAAUUCAGACGAUAAAAAAAAAUAA